AUGAGUCUGUCUGGUGUAUUGUUUAGGUCCUGCACACAUUAUGGAUCCUCCAAUCUGACUGUGGCUGGCGGCAGCCGAAUCCACCGACGGGAAGUCUCGCGGCACUUCUCUUCUCUUCUCACGAGCGCCAUGUACUUUCGUUUUAGUCCCCCGCAACUCCGUCGGCGAGGACCGAAGAAGAUAAGGGACUUUGCGAGUUUGGCGAUGAAUGAAAAAGAGGAAGAGGAAUGGAAAAAUGUUAAUAUUGAUAUGGAUCUGGAACCGGUUGAUUUAAGGAAAUUAAAACUUCCACUACACACAAUGAAAAUCAUUCCACCAGAUGUUAUAGCCAAUGUUAUGGCAAAAGACAAAACUAUUGUUUUUUCACCCUUGCGUAAACAAGAAGAAGUAACUCAACGACUUGGACGUAUGCGGCAUUACCAAAGUCUUCAAACUUUAGGAAAGGUUUUGCACUUUCGAUUCUUUACGCUAAAUGAUAGUAAUGACAGUAAAGGUGUUUUUCAAGACAUAACACCAGAGACAUUUCAACGUGUAAAAGAAGUUUUGCGAACCUUAACAAGAUUUAUAGUAACGGAUGAACGAUGGCCUGUAGAGAUAUCUAUAGAAAUUUCUUCAUUAAUUAGUGGAGAUUCUCAGAAAGUUCAAUCAGAAGAUGAAGUAGUGAAAAUGUUAAAUAAUAUUUUUGCAGAACAACUUCAUAUAGGAGCUUGGUGUGGUAUGUCCUCUACUCCUGUUAUUGCUAAAAUGGCAUGUGAGGUUAGUCAAAAAGAGUAUAGUUUAACUCCAAAGGAUAUUCUUUCAGGAGGUAUUGUACACAUCAAGAAAUAUAAUCUUCCAACACAUGAAUCUGUAAAGAAAUUUGUUGCGGAUGUUCCAUUGAGUUCUAUUCCUGUUAUGGGACCUGCACAGGUGCAGUUACUUAAGGAAGUAUAUGGCAUCACUAAGUGUGGUGAAGUUUCAUUGUAUGCAGAACGUAUAGGAUAUAGUCUUUCUCAAGCAACGAUGGAAUUCUUUUAUGCGGUUGCUCACGGUUUGGCUCGAGUUCCUGGUGAAGUUGGUACAACAAUGUUUCGUAAAGCCCCGAGAUGUAAAGCCGCUCAAGUUCGUCGAGAAUCUAAAUAUGGUCGUAUAGUAUCUGAGGAACAUUUCAUUGAUACUGUACGGGCUAUAUUUGAUAUUGUUUACAAAGAUCUCCUUGUGCAUGAUUACGUUACUGGGCGAGUAACACUUGACACUCGCCGUACAGUGCCGCGUGUAUUUUGGGUCACUGAGGAAUAUGAAGAUAUUCAUCCCCGCACAAAUGACCGUGAAGUCCUGCGGGAAAUCGUAUUGCGAUUAGCAAAAAGAUUUGCACCUAGACGUACUGAGGAACUGCUCGAUACGUACACGGUGUCUAUUCACUUUGCCGAUAUUCGUACCUGGCGCGAAGAGCAAGAGUUAAAAGAAGAGGAGGAACAAGAGAAAGAGAGAGAGAAAGAAAAAGAAGAACAGGCAUUAAAGGCAAAAAUGGAUAAAAAAGAUGUUAUUCCCGAAAGCACAACGAAGGCUAAACCCAGAGUCUUGCGUGUAGAGCCUAGUCGUAGAACUCCCUCUCCACUGAGUCCAGAUGAGAAGAAACAACGAAUACGAUCACAGAGUCACAUAGUAAGAGAGAAUGAUGAUCCAGAUAGACCUAGAGGUAUCGCAGUGGUGAUGUAG